AUGGGGAAGAAGAGGGCGGUGGCCGCGACGACGAGGACGCCGGUCUUCCCGUUCCCUGCAGCUGCCGGCGAGACGGAGCCGCCGCACCACUUCAGCGAUUACGGCUUCGACCCCCAGCUCCUCCGCUUCUCCCAGCUGCCCGACGCGAAGCGUCACCAGCAGCAGCAGCCACCGCCACCGCCGCUGGAGCACGCGCGGUUCAAGCUCCAGAAGCCCAUCUCCAAGAAACACCAGCACGCGCAGCACAAUGGCAAGCAGCGCCGCCGCGGGUGGUGGAGCUCUGCGGCCUCUGCGGCGCUCCUCUUCUUCAAGCGCCCCUCGUCCAGGUCCAACCCCGCCGCUCGGGCUGUCGGCACAGCCUCGUCGUCCUCCUGCAGUGCUGCUGCUGCGUUCGCCCCCCGGCCACUCUACUUCGCCGAUGACGGAGGCGACGACGACUCCACGGGGUGCACGUGCUGGUCACCGGCCGUGCGUUCCGGUCACCUGGCCGCCGCCGAGCUAGGCAUUGCCUCGGUCGGAGUUCCGUAUGUUAACCUCAGGGACGUCAAUCUCCGUGGUGGCGCCGGAGGAACGGGAGGGGCUGCUCCGGCGAUGCCUAUCUACCUCGUGACGUGA